CGAACCCCAGCCCUAACAACAGCAACAAUCCAAACCUACACCCCUCCAACGCACCCAAACCUAACCUACAGCAUCACCCUCCCCAACACCACAACCCCCCACUCGGGGCCAAUCUACAUCCAGAUCUCGGCCCCAACAACCCUCCAAUGGGCAUCCCUCGGCCAAGGCGCCGAUAUGUCAACAGCCAACAUCUUCAUCCUGUGGGCCGCGUCCACCACAGAGGUCACGCUGUCCCCGCGCUCCGGCGGCUCCGGCGAGCCGACCUACAACCCCCGCGCGAACGUCACUUUACUUCCUGGAUCGGGAGUGGCGAACGGCACUAUGACUGCCAACAUCCGGUGCGAGAAUUGUUUGUCGACUUGGCCGUCGUCUGAGAGCGGGGAUACAGCGGUGGCGGGGUUCGAGAUGGAUCCUAAUGGGAAUGCGACGGAGUGGUUUUGGGCUUGUCAGAGUGGGGAGAUGCUGGGCACGGAUGAUCCUUCGGCGGAUUUGGGGAUGCAUGAUGAUAAGGGGGUGAUAAUGUUUGACUUGAGUCGGGCGAGGUUUCCGGUUGAGGAGGGGGUAUGUUUGGAGGGGGUGAAUCCUUUUGUGUGAGGUUGUUCUUGGUGGGGUUGAGGAGAGGUGGUGGGGUCUGAUUGAUGGCAUGGGAAUUCGGUUGAGAUAGUACCAUGCGGGUUUAUUCCUACUCUGACGAUAGACCUGAAUUUGAAAUACUGAGUCAUUGGCUAUGAUCCAAUGUAGCAAGGGUAGGUGGGAGGCCGAACGGGCACUAGAUCAAGCGCU